GGACACAGUGUUUGCUGGGAAGGGAAUAGUUCAGGGGAAACUUGGAGAUACACUGACCUGCUUGUGAAGCUAUUUUGUUUUGAAACUUUCUGGGAUUUCCAUCAAAGAGCCAUCAGCAUCACUGCUUGUGAUCAACACCAAACUUUAUCAGAGACUAUGAGCAGCAACUACAGCGUCACCCUGUUAAGCCCCGCUCCCUGGGGCUUCAGGCUACAAGGAGGAAAGGACUUCAACAUGCCCCUCACCAUCUCCAGGCUGACUGAUGGUGGGAAAGCAGCUAAAUGUGGGAUCGCUGUUGGAGACACGGUUCUCUCCAUCGAUGGUAUUUCAACAGAGGGCAUGAACCACCUGGAAGCCCAGAACAAAAUCAAGAACUGUGCCGGCAACCUCAGCCUUACACUGCAGAAGACCUCCAGUGUUUGUAAACCUCCUCCGGUGGCCCCAAAGGGCGACAGAGCAGACAUCAUUAAACCAGUAGCCAUCACCCGCCCAUCUCCUCCCCUUCACCCCCAACCUCGUUGCUCUGUACCCUACAACAAGGUCCCCAGACCUUAUGGGGGGUGUCCAUCACAGAGUGAAUGUCCUAGCUCACAGUCACCGUUCACCACCGUCAUCCCUUCCCCAUCCUCGGCCUUCACUCCUGCCUCAUCCUACACUAGUCCUCUUCCUCCACCUCUUCGGCCCCCAUCCCCUCCUCCUUUCUCUUACCCAUCGUCUGCCUCCUCCUCCCCCACGGUCCUUGUUCCACCCCAGCCAUCGGUGUACAACACACCAAUCAACCUGUACUCUGCUGAGAAUGCGUGCGAGGUGGCCAUGGGGCAGAUGCGGGGCCUGUUGGAGAGUCAGGGUGGAGUCGUACCAUUUCAGUUGAAUGGAGCUCCCAGGAAACACGUUGUGGACACUGACAUCCAUUUUUACCACGUGCCCACUCAUGCUGAUGCCAGCAGAAAGCGUAUAACGGAGGACACAGAGGACUGGCGCCCACGCACAGGCACCACCCAGUCCAGGUCCUUCAAGAUUCUGGCUCAGAUCACCGGCACUGAGAACGUUCAAAAUGAGGAAGCCGACUCAUCCAAGAAGACAAAUGAGGAUGCUGAGGAGCCUGGACUCAGCUCACACGAGUCUGCAGUUGUCAAGACUAUGAUCAAAGGAGCUGCUCCAAACUACGGUCAAGGUUUGGUCUCCUGUUCGUUUGGAUUGAAGGGUAAUACCAGUUCUGUCUCGAGGGGUCCUGUACCAACCCGACCUGCGCCUCAGCCCCACCCUAAAGAUGAGGACACGCUGGUUCAAAUGGCAGAACAUUUUCCUGCUGGGAUGCGAACACCCAUGUGUGCCCACUGCAGCAUGGUCAUCAGAGGGCCAUUUUUGGUUGCGAUGGGAAAAUCGUGGCACAAAGAGGAAUUUAACUGUGCCCAUUGCCACACUUCCCUGGCAGAUAUAGGCUUUGUGGAGGAAAAGGGAUAUGUGUACUGUGAACACUGCUAUGAAGAGUUCUUUGCUCCAACUUGCAGUCGCUGCCGGGCCAAGAUACUGGGUGAGGUGAUAAAUGCUCUCAAACAAUCAUGGCAUGUCUACUGCUUCCUGUGUGCCACCUGUCAGCAGCCAAUAAGAAACAACACUUUCCACCUGGAGGAUGGAGAGCCUUACUGUGAGCAAGACUUUUACAGUUUGUUUGGGACCUGUUGCCAUGGAUGUGAGUUUCCUAUUGAGGCUGGGGACAAAUUCAUAGAGGCACUUGGUUACACCUGGCAUGACACCUGCUUCGUUUGCACAGUAUGCUGUUCCACUCUAGAGGGACAAACCUUCUUUUCGAGGAAGGAUAAACCUCUUUGCAAGAAACAUGCUCACUCAGUGAAGAUAUGAACCUUGGCUCCUUUGCUGUUGAAGUUUACCUGGCUGUAAGCAGAAUAGAUG